AUGUUCUUACAGUCUGCCCUCGUUGUCCUCUGCGCCCUGGUGGCCUCCUCCGUGGCUGAGCCCAAGCCCUCCGUCCUGGCCGCCGCUCCAGUGGUUGCCGCUGCUCCCGCCGGAGUGGUCACCGCCACCAGCUCGCAGUACGUGGCCCGCAACUUAAACGGCGUGGCUGCUGCUCCAGUUGUUGCCGCCGCCUAUACCGCUCCCGUUGCCGCCGCCUAUACCGCUCCAGUCGCCGCCCCAGUUGCCGCCGCCUACUCCGCUUAUCCCUAUGCCGCCUACCCAUACAGCGCCGCGUACACUCCUGUUUUGUAA